AUGUCAGUAACUCUUCGUCAACAUUUUUGGAAAACUAAAUUAUGUCCCUUACAUAUGGAAAAUAGAUGUAAAGAAGGAAAUAAUUGUGAUUAUGCUCAUUCAAUUGAAGAUUUAAGAUCUAUUCCAGAUUUAAAAAGGACUAAACUGUGUUACAAAUUGUUAAAAGGAGAAAAGUGCUUUAAUAAAAAAUGUAAUUAUGCUCAUAACCAGGAUGAAUUAAAAUCAGCACAAAAUUUAUUUGCAUAUAAGUCUUCUAUGUGCAAAUUUGUAGCAAAUAACGCAUGUUUAAAUGGAUCUACAUGUCGUUUUGCUCAUUCAAUUGAUGAAUUAAGAAUUCCAAGAAUUCCAGAUAUUUUAUUAGAAAAGAAUACCCCAAUAGAUAUGCAAAAUAAUUUAGUUUGCAUAGGUAAUAAUACAAAAAAAGUAAAUAACAAUGGAAUACACCUAAAUAAUAGCAGUACUUAUAAUAAUAAUAAUACUGACAACUUUAAUAAAAAGCUUGAUACGAUGAUAAAUAAUUUUAAUGCAAUGAAUUUAAUGAAUGAAUAUAAUUGCAAUAAUACAAAUAUAAUGAAAGAUAUCCAUAAUAAUUUUAUAAACAAAAAUAAUGGAGUAAAUUAUAAAGGAGAAAAGAAAAGAAAAGAAAAAAUUAGAAAUAAAAAUAAGGAUAAGCAAUUAAAAUUAAAAAAUUUUAAUUAUAAUAAAAAUGAGAACAACACCAGUAGGGAUGCAAUUGUAAAUAACAAGAUAUCUCAUAAAAACAAUGAUCAGAGGGAAAGAUCUAUUGAUAGCAAUACAACAAUAUCUUCAAGCUUAAAUUAUAUGGAUGAAGAAAAAAACAAAAUUAAUGAAGCAAACAUAAGUAAUACAUAUGAAAAAGUUGAUUUAAAUCAGUGCUAUGGAAAAACGGAAGAAAACAUUAGUAACUUCUCAGAACAUCAUAUAAAUGAUAUCAAAACAAAAGGAAAUAAAGGUAGAAAUAAAAAAAAAAAUAAUAAAGACAAAGACCGUAGUGAAGGAAAAAAUAGAAAAAACUCUGAGAUUCCAAAUAAUAUGAAUUACAUAAAUAAUAGCGAAUAUACAAAUAGUGUAGAAAAUCAAGUAAACUAUAUAGAUUAUAAUUAUAAUUAUGCAAAUAAUUUUCCUAAUCCUCUAUUAUAUAAUAAAAUGCCAAUUAAAUUUAACACAUUUAAUCCAUAUUUUAAUUAUAAUCAGCUAAAUGGUAAAAUAUGUAAAAAUGAUGCUAACAUAUCUAAUCAGUAUUCUCAAUUUAUAAAGCCAAAUGAAUUUGUUAUGUAUGAUCAUCAGAACAAUAUGCCAUAUAUACCACCUAAUUAUUACUCCAAUUAUUUAUAUUAUUAUCAAAACCCAUGCAACUAUAGCCAAUUUGCAAUGGUUGAUAAAAUAAAUAAUAAUAUUGGCUGUGAAAAUAUAAAUUACAAUAGGAGCAUAGACAAAAGUGUAAUAAAUAAAUCUAACCAUGAAAUAAAAGUAGAUGAAGAUAUAGAAGAAAUGAAGAAUAAAAAAAAAGAAUAUGAAGAAAUUAUUGACGAAGAGGUAAAUUCUGAGCAGAUGAACAGUGUAGAGGUAAACGAUGAGGACAUUAAUGACGAAGAAACAAACGAGGAAAUUGAAGAUGACGAAAAUUUAAAUGAAUAUGAUGAAAAUGAUGAAGAAAUAAAUGAAGAAGAAGAAAGUGAUGAAGAGAUGAACCGUAAAGAAAUAAAUAACGAAAAAAUAAAGGAUGAAAUAAGUGAAGAGGAUAUAAAUGAAGAUGAUGAAAUAAGUGAAGAGUAUGUAAAUGGAGAAGGAGACGUAUAUAGUGAGCAAAAUAAUAGAGAACAAAUAUAUGAAAAUGAAAUAAAUUAUGAAGAAAAUAUAAGGGGUAAUAACUAUGAAUAUAAUAGUAAGGAACUAAAAGAAAAAAAAGAAAAUAUCAAAGGAAAUAAAUGUGCAUGUAUAAGAAAAAUUAUAAAUAGAAAUGUAAAUAACACCUCGGAUAUAGAAAAUGGAGUAAAUACAAAUAUUAAUGAAAAUAAAAAUGAUGAAAAUAAAAAAAAAAAUUCGAAUUUUUUAAAUGAAAAUGAUCCUAUAAAAAAUGAAGAGAAUAAAAAACAAAUGAAUAUAUAUAAUAAAAGGGAAAAUAAACAAAACAAAAAAAAAAUGUCAAAAUUAGUAACAUUAAAUAAUAAAAAAAAACAUUAUAAGAAAGAAACAUACAUGAAUAAUCAGGAAUUUACUGAUCAUCAAAGAAAUAAUAGAAAUAUAAAUAUUGAAAAUACGCAAGAACCAAAAGUUCACGUAAACCCUUCUUCAGUAUAUAGUUAUAUUGUAAAUGCAAAUGUAAAUGCACAAAAUAUAAAUUAUGAAAAAAACAUAAUGAAGCCAUUAUCUAAUGAUAUGGAAUUAUAUAUUAACAAGCAAUAUCCUAUCAAUCCGUUGCCUAAUGAUCCUAUGAUUUAUAAUUUAAAUAAUAGAAAUUAUGGUUAUUAUUAUUGUGCUUAUCCUCCUUCCACGUUUAAUGAUGAAGUUUAUUUAAAUUAA